AUGUCCAUCCCCGCGGAUCGCUCUCCCCCGUGGGAGGAAGGCCGUAUCUCAACUCGAGUCAGGUCCUCCUCCACUCCUCCCGGCGGCACGGCGGUGGAGGGACUCACCGACGACCUCCUCGUAGAGAUCCUCUCGCGCGUCCCGGCCAGAUCGCUCUGCCGCUUCAAGUGCGUCUCCAACAACUGGCUGAGCCUCAUCGACCACCCGGACCACCGCAAGAAGCUCCCCCAAGCCCUGGCCGGCUUCCUCCACAGCAGCACCUACACCGACGAGUGGCGGCUGGAAGCACCCAUCCACUUCACUAGUUUCCCAGGGAGACGCGGCCCGGCGAUCGACGCCUCUUGCACCUUCCUGCCUGACCACCGGCGUGUCGAUAUAUUGGACUGCUGCAACGGCCUCCUCCUCUGCCGCUGGUACGACAUCUCCUCCGAGGGUGACCAGUUCCGUUAUGUCGUGUGCAACCCCGCCACCGAGAAGUGGACCGUAUUGCCGGACUCCGGCAAGGCCACCAAGGAGGUGUGCGCAGUGCGCUUGGGCUUUGACCCGGCCCUCUCGUCGCAUUUUCAUGUGUUUGAGUUGGUAACAGACCAGGUGGUUUACUGGGACCCAGACAUCGUUGGAGUGGCAGUGUACUCCUCUGAAACGGGGCGGUGGGUUUAUAAGGAGAAGAGAUGGGAUGCGCAUAUCAGGCUCAUCUAUCACGAGUUUGCAUCUGUCUUUCUUAGCGGCUAUCUGCAUUUUCAAGCUGACCGCCACGAGCUUUCCCCUGGCCUAGCCGUGGUGGACACAGAGGGGGAGACAUGGAUGGACUUGGCUGUCCCCGAUGGUGGUCUGAUCGAUGGUUUCAUUCAGCGGUCACAGGACCGCUUGCACUAUGCCAGUUUUCACGUAGAUGGCGCUGGCAUUCGGCUAGUGGUUUAUGUCCUCAAAAACUAUGAAAGCAAAGAAUGGAUACUGAAGCAUAGCGUCGAGACUUCCUGCUUGUUCGGAGGGAUAGAGUAUUGCCUGGUUGGAGGGAUGGAUUAUUCCAUGGAUGGGGGGUUUGAUUGGGUUGCCAUUGAUCCGGAAUGCAACUUGCUAUUCUUCACUAUUGGGUGGGAGAACAAAUUAAUGUGCUACAGUAUGGAUCGUCGCCAAGUCAAAAUGAUCUCCAAACUUGUAGAUGGCAAGCCGCCAUAUCUGCCAUAUGUGCCGUUGUAUGCAGAGUUGCAGUCACUGCAGAAUUGACAUCAAUAUGGGACUGCUGGUGCCUCUGCAAGAAAUGGAUCUUUAAUAUGAGUCAAUUCU